AUGCAGCAGCUGCGGGUCCCAGGCGCCCGGAGCGUUGUGGCACUUGUCCCCGGCCGCCUCCGGAGAACCGGCUCCCUGCCCCCCGUCCGGCGGGUGCGCAGCGACCCCCUCCUCGCUGGCGCGGCCGCCCGGCGCCGUGGCGCGCCGGCCGCGCGCGCGGGUUCCCUCCCGCGUCUGAGGCGGUGGGCGUGGAAGUCGGCCUUAUGUGUGUACCGCAAGGUACUGGCGGCCGACACCGAUGGCCACGGGGAGCUGGACUCGGGGACACUGUUGCGGUGGAUGGAGCAGGUCGCCUGGCUGGCAGCUGAGAAACAUGCCGGUGUGCCCUGCACGACAGAGUCCAUGGAUGAAAUUGUGUUCGGAGACACUGCCAGGGUUGGAGAAAUUCUUGCCAUCAGAGCAAAGGUGAACAUACAAGUCAAAGCCCGCAUAGAGGUUGGCAUAGAGGUGACAGUAGAGGAUGUUGUAACGAAGUAUGAAAAGAUUGUGACUAUGGCAUAUGCAACAUAUGAGGCCAAACCAGCUGGUGCUGAAAAGAUUGAGCCAAAACCCAUAGAGCUUCGGUCUGAAGAAGACUACCUGGAGUACUUCCUGUCUCUGGACAGGAGCAUAUUCCGUAGGGACUAUUCGAAGGUCCUUCAGAAGGUGAUGCAGGAGAGCAGUAAGGAAGAUCUUUCUAAAGAUGAACAGGCCAUUUCAACCGAGCACACCUAUGUCCAGAGCAUGGAGCUUGUCCUGCCUUCGCACACAACCCAACAAGGGAACACCUCUGCUGGACAGAUAAUGGAUUGGAUACAGAUGGUGGCAAGCAUCUCAGCAAGCCGCCUCUGUCGGUCACAGCCAUUCCUAAAGGAAAUUAGCAGGUUCACAUUCUGGCGGCAGUCCGUUGAGUAUGACCGCCUGCUGUUCAAGGCCAGUGUUAACAACACUUUCAAGAGCAGUGUGGAGGUUGGUGUCCGUGUGGAGGCUUUCAGCGCUGAGGAGUGGGCCCAGGAGUGCCCGGAACCGCAGCGCAUCUGCAGCGCAUUCCUCACUUUCUCUGCUUUGGACGAAAAAGGGGAGCCAUUCACCUUCCCCAGGGUCAGGCCCACUACUCAGGAUGAUGAGAGAAGAUUUUAUGAAGCUGCUGUGAGGAAGAGAUUUCUGUUCAGCAGUAUGUCCAUCGUUUACGCCAGAGCAGAAGAGCCCAGUGAUAUGUGGGAGGAGAGAAACAAGGCGUACUUGAAUUACAAAAACAUUGCCGCGUUGACCUACGUGGCAGAGAAAACAAAGUGGAAAAUAGCCUUGGACAAUUCUGAGGAUAAUAUAAAAGUCUUUACUGACGAGGAGGGUGAUAUUCGGUUAAUGAAGGUGGAGAUGGAGGUCAACGUGCCAUUUCACAUGGCCGCCUUUCUACUCUUGGAUUUCAACCAUCGACCAACAUGGGACAAACACAUCCAAGCAUGUAAGGUCGUGGAGGAUGUGAGUCAGAGCGAAAAGAUUUACCAUCUCACGUCUGGCCCCACGGCAGGCCGCCAGCCCAAGGAUUUUGUCGUUCUGGUAUCCCUAAGGGAGCCGUUGCAGGCAGACUUGCCCUACAUCGUAGCGGUGAAGUCUGUGACGCACAAGGCGAUGCCCGCACGCCUAGGGUACAACAGGGCUCAAGACGUCUGUUCUGGAUUCCAGAUUCACAGGACCGGCAUCUGCUCCUGCACUUGCACCAGGCAAGUUUGGGAGGCAAACCGGGAAAAUGAGGGGAGACAGAAAACCAACAGUUCCUCUGCAGCUCGCUUGAUUUUCUGGAUCCGCUCUCUGUCAUCAGCACUGGAGUGCAGCAGCACAGGAGAACUCUUUGAGAGGCCGGAGCCUUCAGAAAGUGACAACCUUGGGUCACUUGGGCCGCGCUCUCUGCGGCGCCGGCGCGGCCAUGACAUCCUCGUGGUCCGCGCUCAGGCCGGGGAUCCAGUGCCCGACAGUCACCUGCUCUGCAGGGCACAGGAGAGCGGUGCCAGGCCAGCCCUGCCCCCUGCACGGCCUGGGCUGAGCCCCAGCAGGGCAGCACACCCAGCACUGCACACAUUGGCUCAUAAACAAUUUCAGCUGCUGAGUGGCCUCCUCUGA